AUGCUUCUAUUUGUACUUAUUUGUCUUGGAGCAGCAGAGAACUUCCAAUUGCCUAGUGGUAAGAUAUUCAAAAAAGAGGACGUUCUUAAGCACUUGAAUGUAGAUGGAUCUAUACAACAAAAGUCUAUACUACUCACAGAGAAAGGAAGGAGGUUUGGACAAGUCUCAACACAAAAGAAAUUGCUGACGAAUUUCCAAGUCAGUGGAGUUCUCGAAUCGGACGGGAUUGGGAGGAAAUUUGAUAUUUGGUUAACUACUAACGAAAUUACUAACGGAGGAAUUGCAGUGCAAAACAGCAAUGAAGGGUAUCACAUCGUUGUACCAACAAGUCCGUUUAAUUCCAAAAUUGAAUUGUACGACAUUAAGUAUAACGGCCUUGGGGGAUGCGAAUUGAACCAAAAAUUUCAAUUUAAUGUCAUUCCAUUUACUAUUAAAUAUGACGCUAAAACGAUGAAUAUGUCCAUGUCUUUUGGUGACAAAGACACAAAAUGUGAAUUCAGCCGAGUUGGCGCAAUAAAUGCACCAUAUCUGACUAUCGCCGCUUUGGAUGAUAGAAAUGGAGGAAACCACCAAAUCGCUUCUUUAAAAGUACAAGACACUAAGAAGAAGACUACAACAACAAAAGAAGCACUUCAAGGAGAAACGAAUGAAUUGAAUUAUGCAUUCACUGAAAAUGAAUUGUUUGUUGGUGGGGAUAGCGUCGAAAUAGCAAAGGAAAAGAUUUAUUUGAUGAUGGGCAAGAUUGCAGAGAAGAUUAGUGAAGUGGAAAACUUGAGUAAUGAGAAUGAGAAGAUCAUGAAGAUUAUAACCAAUGGGGGGAAACAUUUGUAUGAUAUGUUACAAUCACAAGAACUUAUUAUUGAUACCAGUGAUAUUCUAUUCGACGUCGAAACGUUCAAAGGGCGUAUGAAAUCUAUUCAAGAAGUAUCGAAAGGGACAGUUGGAGAUAUUCAAGCAUUAAUAGGCUCGGCAAAGAUUCGAAACAAAGCCACAAUAAAGUCAAACACGGAGAGUAACCACACCUUCUUCUGGACUGUAUUUUUCGUCAUGCAAUUUUCUACUGUAUUCAUUGCUGCUUAUUUGCUCAUGAAAACAAAGAUAUAUUAUUCAAGAAAAUCACUUUGA